UUUUUUUUUUUUUAAAUGGGUGGGCUUCGAGGUUAUUGCAGUGUCAAAAUGAAUGGUAAUAACUACAAUUACAACAACCAGUAUUGGAUACCUCCUACCUACACAGCUCCUCCUCCAGCCUCUGGUUCUUCACGAUCCAGAGCCGAUGCCAUACAUCGACCUGCGUUGCCAAAUGCUUUAUCUCAGCUCCAGCAACAAGCGCACGAAUCCAACCGUCAAGCAGCAGCAGCUGCUGCGUCCAUGGCAUCACUACUCAAUUCACAACCUCAAGUGCCUGAGCGCAACGUGUUGAGUUAUUCCGACCUUGCCCCUCAGACCUACACCACCGUCGCAACAACGUGGCAACCUGCCGCAAGUUUCUACUGUGACAGCUGUGAAAAGAGCUUCAACAAGGAGCAACAAUACAAAAACCACUUGGGGUCACACAUUCAAUGUCCUCAAUGCCAUUUCUCAGCUCUCAAACAAGUUCUGGAAAACCAUAAAGAAACCGCCCACGGCGUUCGCAAUGAAAAUAAAAAGCAAUCUCGACCUGACGGUAUAGUACCACCGAAUGCUCCAAAAUUAGACACGCCAGAGGCUUUGAAGAAAUGGAUCGAGGAACGAAAACGAAAUUGGCCAAGCGAGAAAAAUGUUGCUCAGAAGAAAAAGGAAAUGGAAGAGCGGGUGGCUAGAGGAGAUCCCAUUGCUCAUCAGCGAAAUGGGAAGCGAAAAGCUGGAGGAGUAGUAGAUAAAAAUGCAAAGAGAGCCCAUUUAGAGGGCGAACCAGAUACCCAAAACACAAAUCAAGCCCUUCCAAUCAAUCCGCUUUCAAAUCUGGCGGGCUACGGAUCCGAUUCAGAUAACCAGAACAGUGACAAUGAUGUUAUGGACCCUGAAAAGGAUGCCAUCUCUUCCAAAGACCCUAACUCCGUUGGUGUCAUUGCACUACCUCCAUCGGACGAACGACCCAGAAAAGAAAAGGCGAAGAGACUUUGCCGUAAUUUUCAAAGAGGCAAAUGUUCUAGAGGCGAUUCUUGUCUCUUCCUACACGAGAAGCGACCGAAAACUCCACGAAAUACUGUGCCUGAGCAGCCAGUGGAGAUCUUCCGUACUAGAUCAGGCUUGUUAGAAAAGUUGUUGGAGAAGGAUAUCAAAGCAGAGAAGAGUAUACUUCUGCAGUGCCUUCGUUAUAUCGUACAGAAUGAUUUUUUUGAUCCCACCUCAAAAUAAAAAAGAUAAUGGAAUGGUUGGUUCAGGAAAA